AUGAGCGGGGCGGAGAGGCGAGAACCCAUUGGCUGCGUCACCUGCCCGUCAGAGGGACCCAGGGGACCAAGGGCCGCUCAAGGGGCGGGACUCUCGCCUGGCCAGGCCAAUUGGAAGGCGUGGCGGGGGCGGGGCUUAGCGGCUCGGAAUCCAGGGCUGGGGGGGAGACAAGAUGGCGGCUGCGGGAGGGGGUCCUCGCUUCUCAGCUCCCCCGCUCACCCGCCUUCUCCUUCCCUGCCGCCGCCCUCGCUCCAGGAGAGAGCUUUCGCACCGCCCCCGCCCUGCUCGGAAAGCCCCCCGCUUCUCCGGUUUCCCCCCGUGCAGUCCCUGGUCUCCGAAGGCCCCGAUGCCCCCGCCCCCGCUCUGUCCGGCCCCGCUGCCGCCCCCAUUACCUCAGCCGCCUGCCCGGCCCCACCGUUCGGGGCCCCUGGGCGCGGGCGGGCAGGCCGCCGAGCAGGUCGGCGCGGCCCGGGAAGCGGAGCGCGGUCUUCUCCCGCGCCUGCCUCCGUGGCCUCCGCCGUGCCCCCUCCCGGCCCGCGCUGGGGCCCCGGCCCGGCCGCCGCCGCCGCUCCCGGGGGAGGAGGGGGAAUGGAGCCGCCGCUGCUGCCGCUGCCGCCACGGAGCCCGGCCGAGGGGAGGGAGGGAUCAGCCCCCAGGCAGGAUCCGCCCCUCCGGCCUCCCCCCGCCACCUCCACCCCUUCCCUCGCUCCCUCCCUGACUCUGCGGGCUCUCCCGCUGAACAGGAGCGAGAGCGCGAAAGAGGGGGAAACGGGAAAAAAAUCCCCCCGCCCGUGCCUGGCGCGGCGGCGGCCGGGGCGGUGCGGAGAGGAGCGCGGAGGCGCCGCCGCCGCCGCCGCCACGGGGCACCGUCCCCGGCUCGGCCUCACGGUGGCGGUGCGGGCGCGGCGGGGACACCGAGCAAGAGACCGGGUCUGCGCCCGCCGCGAUCCCUGCGCACCACGGCCCUGCCCGCCACGGGGCGAGCCCGAUAAGAGGGCUGUGGACGUUCGGGUCUAGUUGGGAGAGACAGGGGUCCCUGACUCUUGAGCGGUCAGUCAUUUCCUCCCCAGUCCUUGUGGGUGACGUGGCUACGGUUUGGAGCAGCAAGCCCCCUCCCCGAACUAAAGGGCCUCUCCAAAGGUUAAGCCAGGGCAGUCAUUGAGGUCAAAACCAAUAUGUAGUUUCUUGACUGCAGGUGCCCAGAAAGUCGCGUCUCCCCUAACCCCCAUGCCCAGGACCUGAGGACAAAGGUCUAGCGAUUGUCCAUCCCCUCCCCCAGUGAGAACAGCCGGGAAAGACCUGCCUUUGUUGUGUACAGAUGGUGUCUCACUGUGUUAUCCAGACUGGACUCAAAUUUCUGGGCUCCAAUGGUCCUCUCACCUCAGCCUCCCAAGUAGUCAGGACUACAGAACUCCAUGGCAAUGUUUUGAGGAUUAAAGAGGAGAGUGAUGACUAUCCAAACGUCAGAGAAUGCAACUAUGAGACUAGAGACACUGGAAAACUAAAAAAGUAACGGGCCUUUGCUGACUCAGGGAGAUGAUUUCCCAAGAGGGAAGAAAACUGGAACCUGAGAAAUAAGUGAUUUAGUAAUGUGGCUGCUAAAAUACGGAAAAACUAGAAUGAAUGGCUUACACAUUUUUGAAAUGAAGUUAGAAGAGGGUUAUACUGUGAAGAAGAAUGAAAAAGCCAAACAUUUCAUUCAGGUAAGCAUAUCACAUAGGAGAAACUCUAGGUGACUUUGGUUUGGCAGUGAGUUUUUAGAUACAACACCAAAGCACAAUCCAUAAAAGAAAAGAAAGAUAGAUAAGUUGGACUUCAUUAAAAUGAAAAACUUCUGCUCUGCAAAGACACUGUUAAGAGAAUGAAAAUACAUGCCACAGACUAUGAGAAAAUAUGUGCAAAACACCUAUCUGAUAAAGGAAGUAUGUCUAAAAUACAAAGAACUCUUAAAACUCAGCAAUAAGAAAAUGAACAACCUGAUUAAAAUAUGGGCAAGAGAGCUGAAUGGAAACCUCCCCAAAGAAUAUAUGUAGAUGGCAAAUGAACAUAUGAAAAGAUUCUCAACACAAUAUGUCACUAGAAAAUUGCAAAUUAAAACAAGAUAGCACUAUACACUUAUUAGAUGAGCUAAAAUCCAAAAUACUAAGAACAGCAAAUGCUGAUGAGGUUGUGGAGCAACAGGAGCUCUCAUUCAUUGCUGGUGGGAAUGCAAAAUGAUGCAGCCACUUGGAAGACAGUCUGGCAGCUUCUUAAAGAUUAAACAAAGUCUUACCAGACACUCCAGCAGUUGCACUCUGUGUAUGUGUGUGUAUUUAUAUAUGUGUGUGUAUAUGUGUGUGUGUAUUUAUAUGUGUGUAUUUGUGUGUGUGUGUAUACAGUGAUCCCUCGGUAUCCACAGGGGAUUGGUUCCGGAAAGCUCCAUGGAUACCAAAAUCUGAGGAUGCUCAAGUUUCUUACAUAAAAUGGUGUGAGAUUUGCAUAUAAUCUAUGCACAUCCUCCUGUAUACUUUAUUUUUUAUCGUAUGUACUUAUUUUUUGAGACAGGUUCUCAGUUUGUCACCCAGGCUGGAAUGCAGUGGUGUGAUCACAGCUCACUGCAGCCUUAACCUCUGGGACUUAAGCAAUUCUCCCAGCUCAGCCUCCUGAGUAGCUGGGACCACAAGCAUGCACCACUACACCUGGCUAAUGUUAUUUUUUGUAGAAAUGGAAGUCUCACUGUGUUGCCCAGGCUAGGCUUCUGUAUACUUUAAGUCAUUUCUAGAUCACUUAUAAUACCUAAUACAAUAUAUAAAUGUUAUGUAAAUAGAUGUUAUACCGUAUUUUUAAAUUUUGUAUUUUUUUAAUUGUUCUAUUAUUUUUUAUUGUUGUUUAUUGUUUUGUUUAUUGUUUUGUUUAUUGUGUUGUUUGUUUUAUUGUUGUUUAUUGUUUAUUGUUUUUAUUGUUGUUUGGAAUAUUUUUGAUCCAGUUGGUUGAAUCCAUGGAUGUGGAACCCAUAGAUAUGGAGGGCCAACUAUAUUUAUUAUUUAGAUCAAGAUAUAUUUCAAUAUAUAAAUUUAAAAAUCUUUUCUGAAAUGAAGAUUGACUCUUCUUUUCAAGUCAAAGAACA